GCCAGAAUGUCAAGGAAGCUUUAUAUCACUCUAACAACCACGCUUACCCUCUUGGAGCAAUUCCGCUCGACCUUGGCCUUGCCCCCCGUAGGUUCAACCUCUACCGAGCUCUCAGGCAAAGAUGCACUUCCCCUCCUGUCGGCAUCAUCGACGGCCCUUAAGUCGCAAGUCACAAAGCUUUCACUUCUAGCCAUUACCUCUCCAUUCACGCACUCCGCCGUCGGGUCUGUCCUGGCUGACCUAAACGAAUCGGUUCUCCCUUCGCUCGUGACAGCAGCUCUACUCAUCACACCGACCAAUCACACUAAAGCAUUUCAGGCCGAGGCGCUAUCUCUAACCAGGACAGCACUGCACGAACUAUCAUCGCUUAUAAAAGAAGUCAAGUCGGUUGCAGAGAAGAACGACGAAGUAAAGGAUGACAAGAAAAAGAGAGGAGAUGAGCUAUCGCGGUCGGAGAAAGAUGCCGUUACCGUAGCCACAGGACGUGUUUGGGAUGCUUGCGACGCUUUGGUUGACCUUUCGUCCAAAGGCAUCGUUGGAUUUGUGGUACGGCGUGUGGAGGAAUGGAGAGACCUAGUGCGAGAUGCAGUCGAAGAGAUUGACGAUUGGAAUCCCGAUGAUGAUGAAGAGGAUGACUUUUUUGACGAGCUCUUGAGCGAUGACGGGAAACAGGGUGUUGAAAAAGGUGGUGAAGCUGAGCUGGAUGAGGAUGAUAGCGAUGACGAGGACAAAGCUGCGCUCUAUGAACUGAAGGGAACCGCUCUUCGUCUUCUCAAACCCAUUGCCCAGAUUUACCCCGCCAUUAUCACGAAUCGCUUGAAGAAGGUUCCCGAAUCCUCGUCUUCUAUUAUUAACCAGCUAGAAUACCUGAUGACGUACCUACAGCGUAUUCCGGAGCAAGUUGACGAAAUAGCGGGAGCACUAUAUGAAGCGAACUUGGAGCGGUCGACUCGCUACAUAAAAGUAACGAAGGAAUGUGCUGUUCACGCUGUCAAUUCAGUGAUUAUGCCUUGGGGCGAACAGGGUACGACCGACAGCCAACAAAAGGCCGGGGAUAAAUUUACCCACUGGUCGAAGACAUGGUUGGGGGUGAUAGACGAAGUCAGUAAACCUCUUGAGGAAGCGAGUUAAUCGUGUACACCGUUUGAUGUAUUGCAGAACCCUGGAUACCACUUCAAGUAUUCUAUUUUUUUUUGGUAUGUUUGAUAGUAUAUAUAAAUUACUGAUAUCGGAAGGCUGUAUACGUAUCAAGCGAUAGGUG